CUUCUGGCUUCGGUGGUGGUGAACACGUCAACAAUAAGCCUUGCAUUCCAAAGUUCGUGCUGUUAUACUCGUACGUGUAUAUGCCACUGUAGUGCCAGGCGGAAUUCUCGCUGCUAGUGAAGCUAUAUACUCGAAAUGGGAAAUAUCGACUCGUUACCUGUAGUGUCUCAAGUGAAAUCAACAGUGCAGCUUGUCUGCGGAGACACUGAAGGUGCUGCCAGGACUGCAGAAAAGUUUCUGCGGGAAUGCCCUGUUGUUUCACAAGUAACUUCAACGGUACAGUUGAUAGCCGGUGACGUUGAUGGAGCAAUAGAAACCCAGAAAAGAUGUGGACAGGGGCUACUGAAUGUGGCAGACGGGAUCCCCGUAGUUGGUCAUGUGAAGGGAUUAGUGCAUUACGCUGUUGGAGACACCGAAGGUGGCACUAAAGCAAUGAAGACUGCAACGAGAAGCACUGCUGUUAUCGGUGGUGGUAUUGGAGGAUUUGUCGUCGAUGGUCCUGUAGGAGCUGCCGGAAUUGGUGCAGGCGCUGCAAUGGAUACUACAACCACUGCUGUUGAAAGUGCCAUUCGAGGUGAAUAUUGUCCAAGUGGCUAUCUCGGGGCUUUUGCCAACGCUGUCAAAAAUCCGAAUCCUGGUGGCAUAUUCGAUUUGGCAGUCAUGCCAGUGUUCGAUGGACUGGCUGGUUACAGUGCCGGACAAGCGUGCAACAGGAUUACCACCGCUGCUGCUAGGAAAGUCAACAACGUCGCAAUGAGUGAAGCGCUGCAAAAGAAUGGUAUCAACGCGUUUGAAGCUGGUAAGGCGAUGGAAGCGCAGGCAUGGGUCAAAUGGGAGCAGCUUGAAGCACAAGCUGGAAAAAUACCAGAUUGUCAAUACAUCCAGCAAGCUCAACAGAUGUUCAACCAAGCAAAGGUGUUGCAGGGUGAAGCGCUGGUGCAACCAUUGAAGGGACCUCCCAAGCAAAUCAAUGUGCCAGUUUUUUCCCCUUGCAAUGUCGCACAACAUGACAGAGACGAUGACGAAGAAGAUGAGCAUAACAAGAAAGAAGUGAUGAUCAAAGUUUUCAAUGUGAAUGCACACAGUAUCAAUCCUGCAAAUGAAGGAAAGAUAGCUUACCUCAGAUUUUUAUUCGAUUACUUG